AUGAGCUUCGCCAUCGAAGUCCCGGGUGAUGCGAAUCCGCUAUCCUUGCAAUCACUUUACCAGACGCUACAGUCUGCCACUUCACACGAAUAUGCGCAGCGUCAAGCGGCAGGCAACCAACUAACAUCAUGGGAGCUUCAGCCUGGCUACUACUCUUCCUUGCAGGCCAUUUAUCUUGACAAGUCAUUGGCGUACGAAGUCCGAUUCCUUGCAAUUAUCCAACUUAAGAAUGGCAUCGAUCGAUAUUGGCGGCUAUACAACCAGGUCAAAAACAGCAUCAAGUCGGAAGAGAAAAGCUUGAUACGUUCGCGGUUGUUCCAAGGGUCCAUCGAAGAGGAGCACUCAAAUCUUGCUCUACACAAUGCCUUGGUGGUAGCCAAAAUCGUGAGGAUCGAUUAUCCUGGGGAGUGGCCGGAUGCUAUGGGAAAUAUUAUCGAACUCCUACGUUCGACACGAAACGGCGAUCAAAGGCACCUACAUGGUAUCCUCGAGAUUCUACUUCGCGUAGUCAAGGAACUGGGCACCGCACGAAUGAGGAGGAACCAAACCGCUCUACAGUCUGUGACCCCAGAAAUCGUUCACGUUCUGUCAGAGGUCUACUCAGAAAAGUCGCAGGCAUGGAUGGGCUUUCUUACUGGUGGCCCAGGAAACCAAGAAGAAGUUAACUUGGCCAUGUUCAACAGCCUGCUUUCUCUUAGAGUACUGCGCCGACUUGUCAUUAUGGGCUACGAACAGCCCCAUAGCGAUAGCACAGUUGAGCAGUUCUGGACCUUGUCGCAAAACCAGUUCGGGCAGCUUCUCGGCUUCGUCAGCCAUGACUCUACGGUUCCCACGAAUUACCAAGAUAUUGUGGGCAAGCAUUUGCUCCAAUUUACCAAGCUACACAUCGACAUGGCUGAGCAGCAUGCCGCCAGUUUUGUGUUCCUUCCCAACUCCAUUCCCUUGGUACAGUCAUACUGGGAACUGGUCGCCAAAUUUGCGGAGGUUUUUGACAAGUCGGGUGGUAUCCGACAAGGCCCUUCAGAGACUGGGUCUGCAAAGUCCAAGGUCGAAGGCCCCGUGCUAGAAAGGUUGGCUCUCAAAGGACUUCUGCUCCUUAGAUCAUGCGUUCGAAUAGCCUUCCAAUCAGUCCAAACAUUUAGAUGGAGAAGUCAGGAAACUAAGGCCGACCAAGAAAGGGCGAAGAAUCUUGUCAAAUCCGAACUUCUAAAGCCCGAUCUUGUUAUCCAAAUCGUUAACUCCAUCAUUACCCAUCUUUUUGUCUUCCGCAAGUCGGAUCUUGAAGGCUGGGAGGAGGAUCCAGAAGAGUGGGAACAGCAGGAACAGAGCGAAGGCAAUGCUUAUGAAUGGGAAGUACGGCCAUGCGCUGAAAAGCUGUUCCUCGAUCUUCUCACAAACUACAAGGACUUACUAGUCCCACCACUGCUGUCAUACUUCCAAACAGCGCAAGACCCCCAGGCUGACAUCGCCACCAAAGAAGCUGUAUAUACUGCAAUGGGCCUUGCGGCUGCUCACGUCCAUCAUGUCUUUGACUUUGAUGCUGUUCUGGCUUCCACAAUUGUCAAUGAUGCUCGUCUACAGGGCGGCCUCUGCAAGGUGUUGCGCAGGCGAAUCGCCAUUCUUGUGAGUCAAUGGGCGCCUGUCAAACUAGAUGACUCUAGUCGGCCGAUAGUCUACCAAAUUUACCGUCAUUUCCUCAACCCUGAUGACGAGACCAAUGAUGUAGUGGUCAGAAUCACUGCGGCUCGUCAAUUGCGCUGGAUCGCCGAUGAGCUUGACUUCAAUGUCGAUGCCUUCUUGCCUUAUACAUCCGAUGUUCUGUCCCAGCUCAUCGACCUUGUUCAAAAUGUCGAAGUUGACGAAACCAAGCUGGCGAUCUUGGAGUCUAUUCGAAUUCUGGUCCAACGUAUGGAAGAUCAAGUGUCACAGUUUGGAGACCAACUCAUGUCUGCUCUUCCGAGAGUCUGGGAGAAUUCAGGCGCUGAAGAAUACAUGAUUAAGCAGGCAGUCACCUCAAUCUUCGCGGCUCUCGUUAUGAGCAUGGGCCCUGACUCUCAGAGGUAUCAACAUUUUAUGUUACCGCUGCUCUCUGAGGCAGCUCGCCGGGGGUCGGACCUGCAUCUCCAUCUCAUCGAUGAAUCUUUGGAACUAUGGAACAACAUUCUUAUGCAGAGUCACGCUCCGCUGGCUCCUGAAUUGGUCAACCUCGCUGAGCUUGCGCUUCCCCUCCUGGAGUAUGAUAGUGAAACGGCUUCUUUGGCUUUGCAAGCUGUCGAGUCUUAUAUCCUCCUCGCUCCCGCAUCUGUCCUGGAGGAUAGGCUGCGUCGCCCAACCUUGAACGCUCUGGCUAAUAUCCUAGAUUCUAAGAGUAGGGAGCAAGUGCGUCUUGGUACGAGCUGCAUCGAGAACCUCAUUCGCGCUGCAGUCGAACUUGGUGGCUCUACUGGUGUAUCGGUCAUUCUCCAGGACAUGGUCGAAAUCGGUUUCAUGAACAAAAUACUUGGGAACCUUCGCGACGCUUGGGAAUCGCAUCAGACUACUGGCCCUAAUAGGAAGGUCAGCAAGCUGAGCACAAUCACCGAGACAGACUACUUCGCAAUCUUGGCACGCCUUGCACUUUCGGAGCCUACUCUCUUUACCCAGAUGCUGACCAAUAUGGGUUCUCUGGAUCAAGUCUGGUCAUGGCUAUCAGAGGAGUGGUUUACGCAUAUGUCUGGCAUAGAUCAUAUCGAGCGACAGAAGCUUUACCUUUUGGGUUUGACAAGACUUCUAGAACUGCCUUCGCCUGUGCAAGAACUGGUGCUGAGCAAGCUUCAACAAUACUUCGACAUGUGGAUCAAUGUGAUUUCCGAGCUGCAGGACGGCGUUGUCAACGGCACUGAUACCCUUAUCUGGGGUCCGCUGGAGCCAACCGAAUAUGAUACCCCUAAGACGAUCGCUGAGUCCAAUAUGUCCGCCAAGGACCCCAUACACACUGUCCACGCUUUCGACUUUGUCAAGUUACGUCUUCAGGAUCUGGUGAACAGAGUUGGAGGAGAACAAGCUUUCCAGGAGCAGUGGGCGGCCAAUGUUGACAAAGAUAUUCUGGACAAAUUCCAACAGAUGGCGUCUGGAGUUCAGCAGCAACAAGAGUAG